CGCAGCAGUACUGGGAGGGGAACCGGACUCGGUGCGGCGCAGGUGCCGGUCAGGGCGCAGGCGCAGCUCCGCCUCGUUUUCUUUCUCUUCCCUCCUCCCAGUUAACGAGACUGCACUCGUGCGUAGGGCGAUCUCUGCUUGGAUCAGUGGCCGCAUUGUACAACCAGAAUCUGAAAGAUGGCAGACCCUGAUCUCGACUUCACCACUGCUCACUCCGGGGCGUCCACCACCUUCCCUAUGCAGUGCUCAGCUCUGCGCAAGAAUGGCUUUGUCAUGCUGAAGGGACGCCCGUGCAAGAUCAUGGAUAUGUCCACCUCCAAGACCGGCAAGCACGGCCACGCCAAGGUCCACUUGGUGGGAAUUGAUAUAUUCACCUCAAAAAAGUAUGAAGAUAUCUGUCCUUCGACCCACAAUAUGGACGUGCCUAACAUCAGAAGGUGUGACUAUCAGCUGGUUCAAAUUCAGGAUGGCUACCUUUCUCUCCUGAGUGACAACGGUGAGCUGCGGGAGGAUUUGAAGCUUCCUGACAAUGAUUUGGGAAAGGAAAUUGAGCAGCGUUAUAAUUCCGGAGUGGAGACGCUGGUCACUGUCAUCAGUGCCAUGAAUGAAGAAUGUGCUGUUGGUGUCAAGAUGUUAACCAAGUAAACUAAAACAUAGGAUACAGCUUCCAGUGAAACCACCCAGGCCUGAGCUAUGGGAUUGGAAAACCUUCUACUUCAACAAGAAUGCAACAGAAGUAUAAUUUAAAAGAAAAAAAAACAAAAAUGCAAGCGAACACUAACUUUAUUUUGGAAACCCUGGGUCACCAUCCCAUCAGCAAACACCAACCCUCUUCCCACACUCACCCCCAAAUUUCCAUCAAAUCAAACUUUAACUUUGGGCCCUGGACUCAAUCUUAGCUGCUUUAAUGGAAGCUGAACACAGUUGGUGGGUGUUUCCCUCUUUCCCUCUGACUCUGUAACCAUUCCCUGGCACUCAAAACGGAGCAACUUUUAUGUGUUGGCUCCUUUUGCUGUGUGCAAGUUGAACUACCCUCUGACUGCACAGCAUCCGGCUGCCUUGUGGUUGUUCUGUUUCUGUGGGGGGUUGCUUUUUGUUUUGCUUGCCUGGCCUCAGCCCUCCCACUUUUGCUGCUGCUUUGAGCCCUGUAAGGUUCUUGGGUUUGAUCUUCCGGCAGCUGUGCAGUCCAGCUGAAGUGCAUCACUCCUGCACACUUAAUAGUAACUUGUUUAGAGCAGUUGGAGAAGGUUGGUGAAGCAAGGCAGAGAGCCGAAGGGUGGAGGGGGGCCCUUGUAUCUAUAUUCAUGAGCUGUGCAGGGAAACAGGAUUUCAUUUAACAAUAACUUUCUAAAAGGACAUUGCCAAUGCAUCUAAGUAAGCAUCUGUAAGAUAAAGCAGAGAUAUUGAUCACACCACUUUUAAAAGGAGCAAUUUUUCUUUCACUACUGCUCUCUUCUGCCGUGUGCUGUAUAAGAGUUGAGGGGGAGUUGGCUUCUUAUUGGGACCCCCAUCCCCCACAUCUCUUACCCCCAACCCUCAUUGUUCUAGGAGUGCUCCCGAGUGCCUGUGUGUUUCUAUAGUUGAGGACACGGUGCCACUCCCUUCUGCCUUCCGGAUUCACAGGCGCAAACAGAGUCUCUGCCACAUUUACCGCACCCCCUUCACAAACCCCUGGGAUAGGAGGGGCUGCUAUAAUGGAUUGUGUGAUUUGUUCUUGCUGUAAGAUGUGUUUAAUCAAAGGUGGGGGGAUAAAGCCACCUAACAUGUUUUUUUUGUUUGUCUUAAAUCGUCUUGCCUUGGAACAAAUGGCUGUGCUUUUUUUCCCCCCAGUGACAAUCCCCAUUUUAACAGUUUUCAAGUAUUUUAAACUUUAGUUCUGUACAUGCAUAAACACAGCUUGAUUCCACUGCAUUUUGGGUUUUUUAAAAUGCAGUAAACAGAAACAUUAGAUGUUUUGUGCCCUGGAAUUUUUGUGGUUUGUGUUUUUUCUAUGUGUGUAAAAGGAUUGUGAAGAUGACCACAAAGCUUUCAGGUGGCUGUGUAGCAGGCCUCCACUUUGCUGCAGCACCCAGAAACCAGUGGCCAGUAGGCUGCCACUUGUAACCUUUCAUCUUAUUCCCUGCAAUGCCUAACUCCACCAGUAUAGCGGGAUGCAGAUGGUCUAACCUUACAAUAUAACUUGCAAACCAGUUUAAAUAAAGUUAACAUACAAAAUA